AAGACAUCGAUCGUUCAGGAUGGAAUGAGACGAACGUGGGAGUUCUAGCUCCAUGAACCUGGCAGUUGCAGUGGCCAGCCCCAUACCUUUUUGGGGAACUCAAAGCAUGAAGAGCUCAGAGCUCCUUUCUGAAACCCGCAAACAGCUCCUUUUCCUUUUCUGUAUUUCUAUUCCAUUUAUCUCUGUAUAUAUUUCACACAUUUGUACGUCUACGCAUUGCAAGGUACCAGUGUACCCUGCUACUGCGAGUUGUUCAAGUUCCCCAGUGCUCCCGGACCAACAGGUUCCCACUUUCAGUCUUGGGUGGAAUUUCUCUUGCUUCGUCUCCCUUUUCCUCAUACUGUACCUAUAUUCCGUACGAGAAUGCUAAUGGAUUCCUUCGUGACUCGUCCAAUGGAGAAUAUUGGCAAGCAGUCAUCUGUUACAUGGCUAUUCGUAGCAAUUGUGGCCUAUUGUAUAUUCCGCCUCACCGACUCUUACCUUGAUUAUCGUGUAAGCUAAGCAUAUGCCACGUCUUUUGUGACUUCUGGUCCACAUACUGACAGAUUGAAGCGAGACACUGCAUCUGGGCGCCAGCAUGGCUGUCAAGUAUGUGACAUUCAAACACUUCCUUUGAGCAUUCGCUAAUUCAAAGUGCAGCCACCGCCAUCGCUGGUAAAACGAUGGCCUCUUGGUAUUGAAUGGUUGCGGAAAAUUUGGCUCUUCAAUGCUGAAGGACGCCUUCUUGAUUUUUUUGUUUCUGUUGCAAAAGAAUAUGAGCCGAUCAAUAACGUCUCGCAAAAUUUGCUUCUUGGCCCAAGAGCAUUUCAUGUCAUGUGUCCUGCAAACGUCGAGUCUGUUCUUGCUACUGAUUUCCAUGGUCAGUUUACGGCACGUCCAGCUGACCAACAAGGAACUAGCUGACCAAAUCCAAGAUUACGGAUUCGGACCAAGGAGAGAAGUGUUUGAUCCCCUCUUGGGCAAUGGCAUUUUCACACAAGAUGGGGCACCAUGGAAACAUUCGAGAGAAUUACUACGCAAGCAAUUCGUUAGAGCACAGUACCGCAAUCUUGACAACUUCAGAGAGCAUGUGGAUAAUCUAAUUGCGCAAAUACCAUUCGAUACCGUCGUUGAUCUACAACCUUUAUUUUUUAGUUUCACUUUGGAUACUACUACCGCCCUUCUUUUUGGAACCAGCACAUACAGCUUGAGAGCAGGAGUCAACCAAGAGACUGAGAAUAAGGUGUUUGCAGAUAGUUUUAGUAUCGCUCAAGGGGGGCUAUCUAAUAGGUCGGUUUGAAUUUAACAAUACUAUCUAUCUUAGUGCCGGAGUUAAUCGAUACAGAUUUCGGAUUAUUCCAUUCCACAAGCUGUACAGACCAAAGUGGUUUAGAGAGGCAUGUUCAAACGUUCAUCGGUUCGUCGACAAGUAUAUUGAAGAGGAUAUGUCAAAGUCGAAUGAAGAUGAAAACCAAAACGGGUUCAUAGCUCAGGUUGCAAAAGAGUCCGCAACAAAAAAAGACCUUCGCGAUCAGCUUCUAAAUGUUUUGCUGGCGGGGAGAGAUACAACUGCUUGCUGCUUGUCCUGGACUUUGUAAGUACUGUAUUUCGCAUCAUAGUGGUAGAGCUAUGGAUAUUGCCCUAUGAACGCCAAUCCUAUCACACAUUGGGUAAAGUUACCUUGGUAGAACAGAGCCAUUGUUUGCGCAGCGGUGGUGUAUCAGAAAACACAUUUUCCUUAUUGUCAUGCAAACCCCCAAACCAUUGUCGCCGAUAUUGGGAUAAUUUGAGAAGUGAGGAGCGUUUACAUUGGAAUGGCCAAAGCACUUAUUAACCCUCGUUGAUUCUUACUGACUUCAAUGGCUCAUAUAGUCGCCUUCUCAUCCGGAAUGAUAUGGUGAUGGAAAAGCUCAGAAAAGAGAUUUCCUCCAUCAUGGAUUCCUCAGCUCAUCCAACCCGAGAACAAAUAAAAAGAAUGCCCUAUCUAUCAUGUGUCAUCAAAGAAAGUACGCAUCCCCUUUCUGAUAUCUCUGCCUCGUUCUCACAGACCAAGGUCUCCGCUUAUACCCUCCCGUACCAUCAAAUAACCGAACCGCAAUACGAACCACGAGACUGCCAACCGGCGGCGGGUCAGACGGAAAGAGCCCAAUCCUUGUCCGGAAAGGAGAGAUGGUAACUUAUGGACAAUACGUCAUAUCGCGACUCGAAAGCGUGUUUGGAGAGGACGCGAGCGAGUUCCAUCCUGAAAGGUGGGAGAAUGGUCGGCUUGCAGAUGUGGGGUAUGCGUACUUUCCGUUCAGUGGUGGACCGAGACAGUGCUUGGGGGAGGACUUUGCGCUUAGUAAGUUGACUCACUCAUCUUAUGCCAUAUUGAGGAUGGAUAAGGUCUUGUUCUCGGGGUAGUUAUUGCGUAUUUUUAACUUGGGCUGAUUUUUCGAUUUAGUGGAAAUCUCUUAUACGAUUGUGAGGAUGCUACAGGUGUUUCCUGUUAUGUCGAUGCCGCGAAAUGAUCUGGGGUCUGAAAGACAGAAGCUUACGCUGGUUUUGUCGGCUGAGGAUGGGUGUAAAGUGUUUAUGGAGAAGGUGACGCAAUGAUAAAAGUAUCUAUCUCAACCGAUGUACAUUUUGUAAGUAGGAUAAAGUUAUAUAAG